AUAAAUUCUUCUAUAUAUAUGGCAGUUUUUGUUUUGUCAAUGAUCAAAUACAACUCAGAAGAUCCUCCACCACAGAAAAAGAAAAAGAAAAUGGCAGAGAGUAGAACUCAUGUAGUGAUGCUUCCAUGGUGUGCCUUUGGUCACUUGAUACCAUUUUUCCAACUUUCCAUAUCCUUAGCCAAAUCUGGUGUUCAUGUCUCGUUCAUAUCAACUCCAAGAAACAUUCAAAGGCUUCCAAAGCCACCUUCAACUUUGGCUCAUACCCUACAUUUGGUUGAGCUUCCCUUGCCAUCCUUAGACCCCGGCCUCUUGCCGGAAGGAGCCGAGGCCACCAUAGACAUUCCCUUUGAAAAGAUCCAGUACUUAAAAGUGGCAAAUGAUCAACUUCAACAUCCAGUGAAGGAAUUAGUUGCCAAAUGGCUACCUGAUUGGAUCAUCUGUGACUUUCAUCCAUAUUGGAUAAUAGAUAUUGCCAAAGAAUUUCAGCUGAAACUGUUGUGCUUCUCUGUUUUUUCGGCUCCGGUUCUAGCAUUCUUUGGACCACCUGGUGCAAGAUCAGAUCUCUCACGUCCAGAAGAACUAAUAAAGCCACCAGAAUGGAUCACAUUUCCAUCUUCAGUAGCUUAUCAGAUGCAUGAGGCCGUUGCUGUGUUCAAUGAUGGCUACCAGGAAAAUGCUGCUGGGCUAAGCGACACAGAGAGGUUUUACAAGGUAAUUGAUGCCUCACAAGCUGUAUUAUUUCGAAGCUGCAACGAAUUUGAUGGUGAGUAUCUGAAUCUAUACUGGAAGAUACUCGGGAAGCCGGCGAUUCCCUUUGGUUUACUUCCUUCAGAGAGGCCUGAGAGAAGAAAUAUUGAUGAAUCUUGGAGCAAGACAUUCGAGUGGCUUGACGCGCAAGCAACCAAAUCAGUAGUCUUUGUGGGGUUUGGGAGUGAGUGUAAAUUGAGUAAGGAUCAAGUUUUUGAGAUAGCUUAUGGAUUAGAGCUUUCUGAAUUGCCUUUUCUAUGGAUCCUUAGAAAACCAAAUUGGGCAAUUCAUGAUCAUGAAUCUCUUCCUCUUGGUUUCGUGGAAAGAACAUCGAAGAGAGGAAAAGUAUGUAUGGGAUGGGCACCACAACAGGAAAUUCUGGCACAUCCAUCUAUUGGAGGAUCUUUUUUUCAUUCUGGUUGGGGAUCUGUGAUUGAGAAUCUGCAAUUUGGAAACACCCUUGUUGUGUUGCCCUUCAUUGUUGAUCAGCCUCUUAAUGCGAGGCUUUUGGUCGAAAAGGAGCUGGCGAUUGAAGUGAAAAGAAUCAAUGAAGAUGGAUCAUUUAGUCGAGAUGACAUAGCCAAAUCCCUUAGAGAAGCAAUGGUUAUGGAGGAAGGAGAGAAACUCAGAAACAAAACAAGAGAUGCUGCUAAAGUUGUAGGAGACUUGAAGCUGCAGCAGGAUUAUAUGGAAGAAUUUGUCAAGUUUCUUAAGACAGGAAUCUGGAAACAAAUCUAGUUAUACUUAGGUAAAGCAGUGUUUGAGCUUUACAAAUUGAAGGAAAGGAGCUUAGAAUAAAGACAAGACAAAUUGCCCAAGUUAUCUUUAUACUCCUAUGCUAAAAUAUUUCAUUUCUUAAGUAUUUUGAAAUAAAAUAAAGAACUUAAUUUU